CAGAUAUAGAGAUAAUAAACAAAGCUACACCCUAUACCCUACACACAACUCAACUCUCACACUCUCAAAACCCCUUUUCCUUUUCUUCAUUCACUCUCAUGGUUUGUCGGGCAAUCAACUCCACUUUUUAAUCCCUUCUUCCUCUCGCCGGAGCAACAGUCGCCGGAAUCCACGUCACCUGUAUUAUAUCUACAUCUGUAUAUUCUUCUUAUUUCUUAAUUUAUCUCAUUCAUUGCUGGAACGAACUUGUGGACUAUUGUUAUCUUCUCUGCUUUUUAUGCUGUCUUGUAUCUCGUGCUCAUUUGCAUCUAUUGUGACGUAUAACUGAAGAUCUCGAGCUCAUUUGAAGAAACCAAAAGUUCCAGAAAGAGAGAGAGAGAGAGAUGUACGUGGUCCCACCUCCGAAGCAUUCGGAUCCUCUUUCCGGAUCCACAAAAGGUCCGGAUAGCUUGAGAGUUUACCAGACGUGGAAAGGAAGCAAUAUAUUUUUCCUUGAGGGUAGGUUUGUAUUCGGACCUGAUGUAAGAUCACUGGUGCUGACCAUAUUCCUCGUGGUAGCUCCUGUUUCAGUUUUUUGUGUUUUUGUUGCAAGAAAACUAAUAUUUGAUUUCGAGGACCACUGGGGGAUGUCAGUUAUGGCUGUGGCUAUUUUAUUCACAAUUCAUGUCCUAGUACUUCUACUCUUAACCUCCGGGCGGGACCCAGGCAUCAUUCCACGUAAUGCACACCCCCCAGAACCAGAAGCGUUUGAUGGUAAUAAUGAAGGUAGUGCCCAAACCCCACAAUUACGGCUACCUCGUAUCAAGGAAGUUGAAGUUAAUGGGAUAACCGUAAAAAUCAAAUAUUGUGAUACCUGCAUGCUUUAUAGACCUCCCCGUUGCUCACACUGUUCUAUCUGCAACAACUGUGUUGAACGAUUCGAUCACCAUUGCCCUUGGGUCGGCCAAUGUAUAGGCCUGAGGAAUUAUCGAUUCUUCUUCAUGUUUGUGUUCUCCACGACUCUGCUUUGUAUAUAUGUUUUUAGUUUCUGCUGGAUUUACAUAAAAAAGAUUAUGGAUUCAGAGGACAUAACGUUGUGGAAAGCAAUGCUUAAGACUCCUGCAUCCAUUGGGUUAAUUGUCUACACCUUCAUAGCAGUUUGGUUUGUGGGUGGCCUUACUGCGUUCCAUUUAUACCUCAUCAGUACAAAUCAGACUACAUACGAGAACUUCAGAUAUAGGUACGACAGGAGAGCAAAUCCCUACAACAAAGGAUUCAUACAGAAUUUUGGAGAGAUAUUCUGCACCAGAAUCCCCGCAUCGAAAAACCAGUUUAGGGCAUCUGUCCCAAAAGAACCAGGGAUCGGAGAACGGUCGGUUGGUGGCGGUUUCGUGAGUCCAAACAUGGGGAAGGCGGCGGAGGACAUUGAAAUGGGAAGAAAGGCGGUUUGGGGUGAUGGUGGGGCGGCGCUAGACCAUCGUGAAGGACAAUUGAGUGACAAUGAAGGUCUGAACAAAGAGAUUGGAAUAGGUGAAAUGUCCCCUGAAAUUAGAACAGCAGUCGGUGAAGAUGACCGUGCUAAUAUAUUGCACGCUAGGCGGUCUAGUUGGGGUAGGAAAAGCGGGAGUUGGGAGAUGUCACCGGAAGUUCUGGCUUUAGCUUCGAGAGUGGGCGGCGGUGGCGGUAGUAGUAGUGGUGCAAGCUCACGGCCUGCAGAACUCAAGUUGUGAUAGACUGAUCUAAAUCAUCUUAUAGAUCGUGGUAGAUAGGAGUUGGUGAUUGAUGUUUGGGUUGAUUUUGUGUCGGUUGGACUGUUGCGGUGUGGUUUUGUAAGACGGUCCUUUUCCUUCGUUGCCGGAUCAUUUGUAAAAUUAGUUGGUUUUGUUCGGUUUUUCUGUCUCUCACUGUUUAUGCAAGAUCUGAAUUCCUAUGUUGGGACAGAGAUCAUCUAAUGUUGUUUACUUAUGUUAUUUUUAUAAGUUUACUUGAAUGAUGUUGUUUGGUUGCCUUUGUAGUUUGUACAUUAUUUGUUCUGAAUUUGCAAAGUUGCAUGUUAUAAGUAA